UCCAUUGUUUUUCUCUCCGUUUCGCUUCGUUCCUUUCUCUCCGACCAUCUCGUUCCCGAACGCAGAACGGGAGAAAGCGAAACCCUAAAUUUCUCGUCGAAUCGUAGUUAAACAACAGAUCUACCUCUUUUACUUGCCGCGAUCUCCUUCCACAACCCGUGGAUCUGUUCCCUCGCUUCUCGGACCGAUCUGGGAAGCCUAGACCAUCGCAUACUCAGUUGGUUAUUGAGGAGGUAUCAGAUUAAGGUUGCUGUAAGACGAAGUACUCUCAAUCUCUAAGGAUCAUGAAGAAAGCUUUUGAUCAAACUGUUCGCGAUCUGAAAAGGGAGGUAAACAAGAAAGUCUUGAAGGUUCCUAGAAUAGAGCAGAAGAUUCUUGAUGCGACCAGCAAUGAACCCUGGGGACCCCAUGGAUCACUUCUGGCAGAUAUUGCACAAGCAACCAGGAACUCUCAUGAAUGCCAGAUGAUAAUGAAUGCAAUAUGGAAGAGGAUCAAUGAUACUGGAAAAAACUGGCGUCAUGUCUACAAGGCGCUGACUGUUCUUGACUACCUAGUUGCACAUGGAUCUGAGCGAGUGAUUGAUGAUAUAAAGGAGCAUACAUACCAGAUAUCGACUUUAUCUGAUUUCCAAUAUAUUGAUUCAAGUGGAAGAGACCAGGGAAACAAUGUCAGAAGAAAAUCUCAAGCUCUUGUAGCUCUAGUGAAUGAUAAAGAAAGGAUACAGGAAGCUAGGCAGAAAGCUGCUGCUAACCGGGACAAGUUUCGAAGUACAUUUUCUAGUAGGCCUGGUUCAUAUCCAAGUCCUGGACAUUAUGGUGACCGUUAUGAUGAUGAACGUUAUGAAAGUCGCUAUGGAAGUAGAGAUGAUGAUCAGUAUGGUAAUGGAAAAGAAAGAGAAUGGGGAUAUAGAGACGAAGACAAAAGUGGAAGAGCUAGUGACCCAUAUGGUCGAGAGGGAGAUCGUUAUGGCAGGUAUUCUGAUGAACGUUAUGGUAAAGAUGAUUAUAGGGAUGAUGAGAAUAGAGGAGUGCAGGGAAAUGAUGAUUAUCAGUAUGGUUCAAAAAAUACCAGCUUAGGUAGAGGCCGCUCCUUUGAUGAUGAUGAUCGCUCAAUUAGAAGUGGCGGUGGCAGAAUUGAUGAUCUUCCUCGGGAUGAUAGGCAGCUGGACUCCAGUCUUCCGGAGCAGAGUAUUGGUGCACCACCAAGCUAUGAAGAUGCGAUGAAAGAUGCACAUAGCCAUUUGCAAGAAGAUAGAAAUUCAAGGGAAGUUAAAGCAGCUGUACCAUCAUCAAGUUCUCUCUCUGCACCUGCAUCAAGCUUUCCUCGGGAAACUGUUAACCAGGAUUCAUCUUUUGCACCAGCAGCAAGCUCUUCAGUAAAAAGUGCAAACCAUGGUGUAGGUAAUGCUCCAUCUGGUGUGUCCGCACAAACCAACAACAUAGUGAGCAAUGGUUUUGAUGAGUUUGAUCCACGUGGCUCUGUAUCAGCUGCUUCACCUGCUGCUACUAGUCUUGAGACAAACUUUUUUGGAUCAGCUCCAGUAUCAGAUCCGAUUUAUUCACUUGCUUUGGUGCCAGUGUCUAUGACAGACACUGGACUCGAGACAGAUCUUUCUGAAAAUUCAGGUUUUGCUGCCAACUCAUCAGCAUCUGCUGGACUUAAUCAGUCUGGUGGAGAUCCUUUUGGUGAUGCACCCUUCAAAGCUACUCAAGAAAGUAUCGCUAGCCAGCAACAUAGUUUUGCACCAGGCCCAUCUUUUAAUUCUUCAAUUUCAAUAGGAGGUGCUGAAACUCUCGCACCUACAGCAUCCAAGUUAGAGACAACAACCAACUUUGAUUUUGAUGGUUCCAAUCCUGUAUCGAAUGGUCAACAAAUCUCUUUUGCAAGUUCUGCAACUUUGACUGCCCAAGUGCCCACAACUCAUCCAAGUAAUGAUGUACAAAGUUUGUUUGGCUCGCAAAUAGGAGCAGCGACCUUUAUUCCUAUGCAGGAGUCUCAACCUGUUGCUCUGAGUAAUGUACAGGGCAGCCUCUUUCAACCGUCUGCUUCUCCAGGCCCUUUUGCAUCAUGGGCAAUGCCAACUACUACACAGAGUAUUCACUCUGCCACUCCUGUAAAUAUACAGACCAACCAGUUGAACCUUCUUCCACAGGCUGGCUUGCAGGCCCCGAUCAAUAUAGAAGUCAAGGCUGUAAAUUCUUCUCCAUCGAAGGACAAAUUCGAAACAAAAUCAACAGUCUGGGCUGACACAUUAAGUAGAGGAUUAGUCAAUCUGAAUAUAUCUGGAUCCAAAAUCAAUCCUCAUGCAGAUAUUGGUGUAGACUUUGAUUCUAUAAACCGUAAAGACAAAUGGAAAGAAGAGAAGAAGCUUUCUACUGCUCCAACGUCUAUUACCACCAUGGGCAAAGCCAUGGGAUCUGGUUCUGGCAUCGGACGUACCGGUGCAAGUGCUCUCUCAGCCCCUUUGAAUUCUGGCAUCGGCAUGGGCAUGGGCGGUGGUGCUAUGGGAAGGGGGAUGGGGAUGGGAGGCUACAGUCGACCCAUGGGGAUGAUGAUGGGCACGAACAUGGGAAUGAACCAGGGAAUGCCUUCACAUCCUGCCAUGGGAGCUCCUGGUGUGGGAUACAACCCCAUGAUGAACAUGGGAAAUUAUGGUUCUCAGCAACCAGAUGGAAGAGGAUACAGGUAAAGGAACAACUCCAGUCUUUGUAUCUGACUUCCAGAGUUCUAUACGUUGUAUUUUAUUUGUUGAUUCUCUGGUGAAUUUUGAUUGAGAGGGCACAAACAUAACAUAUAUGAUCUUGUACAUGACUCUUGCGUCGCCCCUGUAGCUGCUGUUUGUUGGUGUGAUACGAGUCUCAGUUUGUUAUCCCUA